AAAAAAAAAAAAAAAAAAAAAAAAACUGUGCCCGCCCGACCGUGCCCUAGUUUUCGAUCCAACUUCCCCCGAUCUUCGCCGCCCUAGUUUCCGAUCCCAACUUUUCCCGAUCUCGAUUCUCGAUCUCGAGCUUGCGCGCACUUGGGCAAACAUGGCAGCGAUCAUGGCGGCGCGCGGGCAGGGUCUGGAGCAAGAUUUCGAUUUCUUCGUGGUGGUCGACUUCGAGGCGACGUGCGUCAAAGACGGGCGGAUCUUUCCGCAGGAAAUCAUCGAGUUCCCCGCGGUGCUCGUCGACGGCGCCACCGGCCGCAUCGUGUCCGCGUUUCGCAGGUACGUUCGUCCUAAGCAUCACCCUGUGCUGACCCAAUUUUGCAGGGAGCUCACCGGCAUCCGGCAGGAGGACGUCGACGGCGGCGUGGAACUCGGCGACGCGCUCUGGCUGCACGAUUCUUGGCUGAAGGCGGCGACGGCGGGAGCAGGGAACAAGAGAGGCGUCCGCUUGGCCGUGGUGACCUGGGGAGACUGGGAUUGCCGCACCAUGCUCGAGUUCGAGUGCCGCUUCAAGGGCAUCGAGAAGCCCUCCUACUUCGAUCAGUGGAUCAAUCUGAGGAUCCCCUUCCAGGCAGCGCUCGGCGGCGGAGGGCGGGUCAACCUGCAGGAGGCGGUCCGGGCGGCGGGGCUGGACUGGGAGGGCCGCCUGCACUGCGGGUUGGACGAUGCGCUCAACACGGCGCGGCUGCUUGCUGAGAUCAUGCGGCGCAGGGUCAAGAUCACCAUCACCGGCUUGCUGGCGCCGCCGCCGCCGAUCCAGCAGAAGCAGCAGCCUGGCACAAGCCCUUGCGGUGGCUCACCGGCGCUGGCGCCGCCGCCGAUCCAGCAGAAGCAACAGCCUGGCACAAGCCCUUGCGGUUGCUCACCGGCGCUGGCGCUGCCACCGAUCCAGCAGCAGCCGCCUCGCACAGGCCCUUGCAGUGGCACAUUUGCGCUGGUGCCGGCGCAGGCGCCGAUCCAGCAGAAGCAGCAGCCGCCGCCGCAGCCUCACAUAAUCAGCCCCUGCGGUGGCUCCUCCGCGACGUGCUUCUCGUACUGCGGGGUGGCGACCAGAGGAGCCAUGGAGCCAGGGCCGAUGCGGUCUGGAUGCGCCAACUGGACGCCGGCCAUGGGAUCUUACUUCCUGUGGAGCAACUGAACCAAUGAUCCGUGAGGCUGGGAUUCAGAAUCCAGUGUCGCUCAGCUGCUAGUGUUGAUCGUCCUAGCCAUCAGAAUCAGAGUGUAGCUCAGCUGUUUCUACUAUACUCUACUCUAGGUGUGAUUGUUCACUGAAAUCGAACAUCACCAAUGGGGCAUGUAAUUGGUGUCUGAAUUAUUAGUAGCAUCAAUAUAAAUUUAGUUUUAGUUAUUACUACUGUUAAUAGAAGAUUUGUUUUACCUUCA